CGAAAAUGGUGCUUUAUAGUUUUGAUUGUUACAGAAAUUAGGCAUGAUAAGGAAUUAAAAUGAUGCUGUAAAUGUAAUGAUGAACUGGGAAGAUAAAUUUUCAUCUAUCAUCAGUGAAACUGAAUCUAAUCUGCAUAGAGUCAAGGAGAAACUUCAAAGCAGACACAUUGUAGGUAGUGGUUCUGGUAAUCGGACAUACAGUGGUGAAUAUUGUUCUUCUACAGGUUAUGAACCAUCUGAAAGGAAAUCUUUGUCUAUGAUGCAAUUUCCAGUUUCCUCCACACCUAAAACUGUUCGUUGGGAUGCAGACAUGGGAGACACUAAUAUUUCUAGAUAUGAAGGUUCUGAAUCAAUUUCUCUGUGUAAUAAAUUAGAACAGCAAACUAGGGUAAUAGAUCAGUUAAGUAAUAUGGUAAGAGUUAUGGAGAAAGAAAGAGAUGAACAUAAACAGCAGAUUGGUGAACUGAAAUAUGAAAUAAGAGAAUUAUCAAAACAUGUUACUGAUAGAAAUAAAGAAGAAAGUCUUCAAAGACAGAUCACAAUGUUAAAGAGUGAUAUUUCAAAGGAAGUUGAUAAUAUUCGUGAUCAAGUUCAGAGUAUUAAAUCACGACAUGAUAGCAGUAGAUAUCAGUAUAAUAGUAAUACCUUGGAAUAUACUAAUAACUUUUCUAGAUCCAGUAAUAAAGAGAUCUCAGACCUUCGUGAGCUUAUGAGAGAUGAAUUUGAAUAUUUGAGAACAGAUAUUGACUCACUCAAACAGAGAAUAGGUUUUAUGGAAUCUCAUGUACAUAGUAACAAACUUGACAGCAAUUCAUCCAGGUUAACUAAGGUAAUGGAUAGAUUAUCUGAUAAUAGAAGAUUAUUACAUGAAACAAGAGAUAUUAUACCUAGUACUAUAGCUGACAAAUCUCUUGAUAAAUAUGAAAUGGCACAUCUCAGAUCAAAUGUAUCUUUACUGAAAGAUAAGUUAGACAAAGUAGAGGAGAAAUUACAGCAAAGUUUAACAAAACAACCAUUUACUUCAGCAACAACUUCAUCAUAUCUUUCAAACAGCAGAAUUUCCUCAGGGUCCACUAAUAUACACAGCAGAAGAUCGUACAACAAGCCAGUGUCCUGUGAUAUAGAUGAUCUCUAUUUAUCUGAUGAUAAAUUUGAAGACAGUGAUGAACUUGACUCUGAUAUUGAUGACAUAGAAGAAGAUGGUGCUCCUGAUUUAACAUCUACACGAAGAAGAAAAACUUUUAAACAUGAGACAGUUGAUGAUUUAGAUCUAGAAUUAAUGAAGUUUGAGAAAGACGAAGUUGAUGAUGGUGAUUUAUCUGAUGAUGAAUUAGAUGAUAUUCUCGAUAAUAUUUGAUUAAUUAUUCUUUGAUUCCAUAAAAUGAUAAAUGUGCUUUAACCCAACUGAUGUUAAAUUUCAAUUAUUUCUACAGUUAAUUUACCUAACUGAACACAAAUAUAUGGAUAUGGCUAUUUCCUUAAUAUGUACUGCAUUAUGUGUUACACAGCGUUAUAAAUGAUAUGACUUCUUUUGUAGAAUUGUUAUAUUGUUAAUGAUUAGUUAUUGUGUUUUCAGUUAUAUUAAUUCAAUAAAUAUAUUAUGGUAUGCUAUUUUUGAAUUAUCACAUGGCAGAGUUAGUGCUUUCGUUAGUGCUUUCUUUAUGUUUAUCAAUCAUUUAAAAGUAACAUUUUAGAGACUUCAUCUUGUGUUGUAUCUAUGCUUUGAAUAAUAAAGUACUUAUUACAU